AUUUGAUAGCCUGCAGAGCCAGCCACACCUCUAAAAUGGCUCUGUCAUCAGAAGAACUCUCUGGACUAGAGUUUCUACUAAAAGCUCAAUCAAAAAGUGUUGUGGUUGGGAUAUUGAAAGAAGGAUUCGUGUACAGGAAUGACAAAGUACCUGAUCAAGUGUUAGCGUCUGUUGCUCAAUCGUUGAAUAUUCAACCGUCAGAAGUUAUUACAUUAUUUCAGUCAGUCACAUUACUGGUUAAGAAGGCACUGUAUGAGUGUGUACAAGAUCAAUCUGAUGCCUCUAAGAUAUUUCCUGAUGAUUUUCAUAAUGAUUUAAGAAAGCUUCUAUCUGAUAUCAUUGUCAAAAACAUGUCUGAAUGGAGAACAGAAGCAUCAAAAAGUCAAGUAUCAUUGCCUCGUCUUGUUGAUUUUGAUUGGAGGGUUAACAUCAAAUCAGCAUCUGACUCUGUCUCACGUAUGGCAGCACCCACCUGUCUCCUACAAAUGAAGGUCCAACCUUCUCCAGUCAAUAGUUCAGAAUUACCUAAUUUAGAAUCUAUUAAUGUUGAAUUCAAUAAAGAGAAGCUGGACACGAUGUUGGAUGGUCUUGGGAAAAUUAGAGAUCAGCUCUCCUCCGUUGCCAAGGCAACUACUUAACCAUACCCAUAAGUACAAUGACAUGUUCACUGUACAUGAACGUUAAUAUUGCUGUUUAUAUUAUGUGUGUAUGUACAUUUGUGUGUGUAAAGGUUACGUUAUUGGGUUUUAUAAUAAUUAUUAUUUUCAUGAUAGAUUAAUGACACCUCAUCUGAGCAGUUAAAGUGAUAAUUUGUGUUAACGUGUCACUCAAAUUGUGAAACUUGCCGGGAAUUUUGUUUAUGAAAAUAUACACCUGGCAUCGAGAAAUAAUAUAUUUAUAGUUUUUGUUAAAACAAUAAAAUUACUUUGUACAUUGGGUGAACAUUAUGCAUGAAUAACUCAGUAAAGUUCUUUAUUGAUGUAAUUAAUAUAUAUUAUGUGUAUCUAUUUAGCCUAUCAAAGUAGUUCAAAUGUAGAUAUCUUCUUACUCUUGUUUAU